CAGCCCCCCGCGGCCCCAGCCGCCGCCGGGCGGCCAUGACGGGGCGGGGCGGUGCCGCUGUAAGCAGGCGCGGCGGGGCCACCGCCCCCCUUCCUGCUUCCGCCGUGCGGCCCCGCAGCGCUCCGCGUCGCCGCUUGAGGAGCGGGGAAGAUGUUGGACGUGAAGGGCUGGGCCGAGUACGUCGUGGAGUGGGCUGCCAAGGACCCGUACGGCUUCCUCACCACGGUCAUCCUGGCCCUGACGCCGCUGUUCAUAAUCAGCGCGGCGCUGUCGUGGAAGCUCGCGAAAAUGAUCGAGGCCAGGGAGCGAGAGCAAAAGAAGAAGCAGAAACGCCAGGAGAACAUUGCAAAAGCCAAGCGAGCAAAGAAGGAUUAAAUGGGCAGGAAAGGCCUUCCUCGUGAAAAGAAUCCACUUUUUUAUUGAAGCACUGUUGGACGUCUUGUGUUGUAACCUUCCUUUGAUACUUGAUCCUCUUACAUCUUGAAGUAUGAAAUUUAACUCCUUCAGUAUAUUUUUUUCUGCCGAAAUGAUCUGUGUUAAAGUUUGCCCAAGUGACACAUGUUACAGCCAUUUAAUCUACUUGUGUUCCAGUGCAGGCUGCUUUUCUAAAUUUGCAUGUUAAAUUCAAAAAUGAAUUAGUUGGGUGGCACUGGGGGCAUUUAUUUAUUAUUAUUUUUUUUCUAUAGCUGAGCUAUGACUUAACAAGUGUCUUAAAAGUGUCAAAUUAUGGGGAUGACUCAUUAAAUGCUAUAACCUUUGGUUUCUUGGUAUAGCAAGCCAU